AGGAAUUAAAACAUUGGUGUUUAUAUUACAUUCUACUUCGUAAAACAUUGUAUUUGCGUUGAAGGGAAAGCACUAAUCAUGCUGUGGUACAAAUAACUAUGUUUUAGGGGUGUUCGUGCGGUUGUAUGUACCAAAAUAAGCAGUGCACUUCCGGCAAAGAGCUCCCUUUUUCUGUAACGUUAUCAAAGAGAGUUUGACUUGCUAGCUACGCGUCAGCUAGCCAAAAUGCUACUGGAAGCUAUGUAGCUGGUCCUUUACUUGUUUCUGCCCCCAAAUCGAUUUGUCCAUUUCCACCACAUAUGAAACCCCACAGCAAUACACCGACAUAUUUUCAUGUUGCACCCAUUCCCGUCUCGCCUCGUUUAUUUUUAUCAAAGCAAACCAGCACAUAUAUAAGCUAGUCGAUAGACAUUUGAGUCUGCCUCAGUUGAGUCAGUAGCACUAGCUAGCUUGGUGGCUAACGUUAGCUGCUGUUGCUCUGCAAGCCAACCUAACAGACUGUGUUGCAUGGCGGCGCUAUUUUGAGGCCGCACUUUUCCCCCCAUUUGUGUUAUUUGCAGGACUUAAAGUCACACUUGCAUAACUGAUGGGAAGUUCUGUUCUAUGUUGCUAUGACCAAUCCAAAAUGUGUCAGAAUGGAGAGAUUAGUGGCUCGCUCAGCAGGCUGAGAUAUCCCCGAGUGAAAGUCUGUUGCUUUGGUAGUCAUGUUCAGACGUUUCGAUUAACAGCAUAAUGCUUUUACUAGAUGAGGCAGGCAGCUCCAACAGAGGAACUCCUUCCUGUUUGUACAGCUGAUCACCAGCCACGACACAGAGAUGAGUUUAUUGUGUGUCAGGCUUAAGUUUACUGUCGACAGAUGAGCUGGCAGAUACAGACGGCACAGUUUGUAGAAAAGAGGAAUUUCUACUUCAGGCAUUUCCUCAUAACUAGCAAGUUAUUGUCUGACGUCGGCAUUGUAUGGAAUGCUUUUUUAUGGAAUAUUAUUACACUUGUGGUGUCAGGCACUGGAAUGUUGGUGACAGAUCCAGUGCAUUGGUUUUGGAGUGAGGCUGUCCUAGGUCAGGAUGCCUAACUGGAAUGAGAUCAGGGUGCCUUGCAUGUCUGUUUUUUGUUCCUUAGAGUUUUUUAUUUGUAUUUUAGUGGCAGGGUGUGUUGUUCUGCAGGGUGAUGUCAAAGGUGUGGCCUGUGUUCUUGGUGUGCAACAAAGUUAGUCAAAGUACCCACACGAGUACCAGGAACUAAAGUUUCACUGCAGAACCUUGAAUUGUAGCACAUAAUGGCAGUGCUUUUAAUGUUGUUAGUGAUGGGUGUAUUGCAACAUCAUUUUCCUCAAUAAAAAUGUAAGAGAAGUUCAAUAAAUGAUCAUUGUAAUACUUGUGCAUUUUUGUGUUUUACGUGUGUGGACAGAAAUGCUGUGCAAAGGGUGAAGACAAGAAAGAUCACUGAACUACAUAAGUUCUUGAAGAAAGCUGCAUUUGCACUCUUACAAAGAAACUAACUUGUUUCUCUGCAAACUGUGGUGAAGAACAACAGGACAGUAUGGCUACCACUGUCGCUGUCAGUCCCAGCGAAUACCUUCAGCCCUCCUCUGCUUCAACACAACUUGAUGAUCACACAUUUGGACCAAAGAGGGGCACAAAGGCAUCGCAGGACACUCAGCCCUCUCCUUUGGCUCUGCUGGCUGCCACCUGCAGUAAAAUCGGCCCUCCUGCUGCUCAGGCUCCUGUCACCUCUCCGCCAGCGCAGCCACAACCUCGCCGGCUCCUUCCUAUAAAGCCAGCUCCAAUAGCGCCAGCUCCACCGAAAAACCUUGGUUUCCUUUCAGCAAAGGGCAAUGUGAUCCAGCUACCUGCUGGCCUGGGCUCCACAGCUCCUGGCAGCCCCAUCGUCCUUACUAUCCAGCAGAGUCCUGCUUGUACCGGCACCUCGGCCACUCCUGGCAUCCAGUAUCAGGUGGUGCCGCAGAUCCAGGGUGCACAAACCAUUCAAGUGAUGCCACAGGGAGGUCAGAUCCAGCUCAUACCCGGUACCAACCAGGCCAUCAUUACCACUCCCAUGACCAUGCCGGCUCCGGCUGCAGCCACUGCUCCUGUCACGCCACAGAAGACCGUAGCCAUCAAGCCCUCCCUCAAGGUGCGGAAGCCAAACAAUACAGCUACAAACGUUGUGCAGCUGCCCAGUGGACUUACAAUUCCCCUCAACGUGGCUACAGGGGAAGUGGGCGGGACACAAAUCAUCACAGAGACAGCUGCAGCCCCUCCCACUCCUGGAAAGGCACGACGAGGGAGGAAAAAAAAGGCAGUACUGGCUGCUGAGCCUCCACCGCCGCCUCCAGCACAGGCUGCCUCUCCAACCCCAGAGCAGAUGGAGACCAUCCUAAUAGAAGCUGGUGAUAACAUCAUACAGGCAGGGAACAAUUUACUGAUUGUGCAAAGUCCUGGGCAACCUGCUAUGGUGCAACAGGUCCAGCUGGUCCAGCCCAAACCAGAUUCUCAGGUGGUUCAGAUCCCACAACAGGCUUUGAAGGUGGUACAGGCUGCCUCUGCUACGUUGCCACCCGUCCCGCAGAGACAGUCUGUCUCCUCGAAUCUGCAGGUCACUCCAACAGAAACAUCACCAACACAGAUUCUCUUUAAAACAGCGUCAGGUGAAUGGCAAUCGGUUCAGCUUCAGGACUCCAUGACAACAACAACCCCUGCCACCACAGUUGCCCCUACCACCACUGUCACACCACCAGCUGGCUCCAAGAGAACACAAGCUACCGGAGGACGAAAGGAGCGGACCUUGGCAAAAAUUGCCCCUGCAGGUGGAAUGAUACAAUUGAACACAUCGCAGCUCACCUCAGCAGCACAAGCAGUGCAGACCAUCAGCAUCAACGGGGUCCAAGUUCAGGGAGUUCCUGUUACCAUCACCAAUGCAGGCGGCCAGCAGCACCUAACGGUGCAAACCAUGCAGGGUGGAGGGCUCCAGCUGGCCGCAGCACAGGGCCAGCCUGCUAUUCAGGUAGACCAGACCCUCACCCUGGAGUUGCCUGGCCAGCCAGGAGAAAAGAAACGACGCAUGGCCUGCACUUGCCCCAACUGUAAAGAUGCUGACAAGAGACCCAGUGAGGUGGGAAAGAGGAAACACAUCUGCCACGUCCCUGGCUGUGAAAAGACUUUUAGGAAAACAUCUCUGCUCAGAGCUCAUGUCCGGCUGCACACUGGUGAAAGACCCUUCGUCUGCAACUGGGUUUUCUGUGGGAAACGUUUCACGCGCAGUGACGAGCUGCAGAGGCACGCCAGGACGCACACAGGAGACAAGCGCUUUGAGUGCAGCCAGUGUCAGAAACGCUUCAUGCGGAGCGACCACCUGACAAAGCAUUACAAGACUCACAUAAACACCAAGAACUUGUGAGCAGACGGUAUACAGAUACAAAAACUCAGAAAGUAACUGUGUUACAGGAAGGAUGGGCAGUGGAGAUGAGACCAAGGGAUUGUGCUUGUGACUUAUCCCACAAUGGGAAACUCUCCAGAAUGAAAUGCUGGAUUCCCUGUCACUCUUCAAGGACACUGUGUAGCGUGGUGUACAAAGGAACCCUUCCUGGUGGACUUCAGACUUUCAGCAAAUUUAUUGACCAUUUUUGUAAACGUUUUCUUUCCCCAUUUGGUCUGAACACGUGGACAGAUUACUGUGACUGAAUUUGUAAGGUAAAAAUGCUUUAGAUUUAAAUGCUUAACUCUGCUAGAUUAUUUAUGAACUCCUCUACUUCUCUGGUGGAAGAACAUAUACAGAUUUUCUUUUAUUUUUUACUUUUAGAAAACCCAACAUCAUCAGUUACAAUUUCACUCUUUUAUAUUGUUUUUUCUUCUACCACAAAAACCUUCAUACUCUUUAUUACAGAAUAUUAAGAAAUUUCAGAAAUUGAGGGUGAGCCCCCCCCCCCUUCCCCCAGUAAUGUAAAAAUAAAUCACAAAAAAAACCAAACAGACCACAAUUAAGGAAGUGCUGGAGUUAUAACAGUAUAUCAUUUCUGUGAGCUCUGGUAGGUCCCUGGUUACCAGUAGUGAUCUAAAUACAGCAAUAUGAUGCGAUCUGCAAAGUUGGCUAAUGUUGGGAAUUGUGUUGGGAAAUUGAUUGUUUAAAUUUAAGGAAGGGUAAUUAAUUAGAAAAUAUAAUACUCCAAGAAUUAGUCCUUGUGGAACACCAAAGUAAAGAGGAUGGAGUUUUGUAAACCAUGAAACGGAUAAAGGAAAAGCAGAAUCUAACCUCUUUAAGCCACAAGGAGGAAGCUGUUGCUAAAGAUGUGGAGGAAACAUAUUAAGUAUCUUAAAAUUCAACAAUGAAAAUUUACACACUGCUCAUGGUGGCUCCAGGUGUUUCCUCUGUUGAGUUGAGACAGUUGGUGCUCUUUUAUCAUGAGUUGUGUGUAAUAGAUGAAAUGUUUGAGAGUGUACCAUUGUUCUUUUCAAGUUUAUCAGGAAAAUGUCUGAUAGUUAUGUAUUUAUACUACCUAAAAUUCUCUACCUUUACACAGGCACUGCAAGAAGUUUCAAAUAUCAGGAAAAUUAAAUAAAAUUGUUAAAGGCUGGUGAGAUGGCCCAGAAAUGCAUAGAAAGACUUUUGCUGAUGAGCUAAGUUUUACUGAGUUUAGACGCUAAAGAUUUAAUUUGGUGAAAUAUUAGCAGUAAGAAGAGUUGAUAACUCAAAUGCAAAACAUGCUCUUGCAUCUGUGGUCCACACUUUGUUUCUACAUAGUUGGUUAUUUACAAUGUAUAACAAGACAUGUACACUUACUUCUAGGGCUGUGUAUCAGAUUGCCAUUUAUUUUUGUAUAGCUCCUGAAGUUUAGCCAUCCAGUCAUUAAUCACAUUAGUUCCAAGUCAAACCAGUCUUAGUUUUAGAUUGAUUUUAUUUGAGUUCUUAAAUGGCUGCAUGUUCAUAGUUGACAUCUAACUUUGACAAACUUAAUGAUUUCUGCUUCUUUUAUUACCUGUUUUUAACCUGAAUAGUUCACGUUUCAUCGUGGCAGGAAACAUGUUCAUCCUUCUCAAACUAAAGAACCUAAAAAUUUGGUACCUGCAACACUUUCUCCUAGUUUACUCAUUUAAAAAAUGAACAAAACUACACUUUAGUCUUUCUUUCAUUGUUCAGAUUUGAUGAAUUGUAGCCUAUGCAUUGCUGUAUAUAAGAUCAGACUUUUAAUUAUUUGGCCUGACUUGACAAUCAUGUCACAAGAUGCAAAAAAACAGGAAAAAAAUAAAGCUUUCUCAGGCCUUCUAUGAGUUACACAGUGUUUUCCAGCUAUAUGAUGGCUUUAAUUCUAAAUUAACACUUAAGAUGUUUUUGUGAUGUACAGAUGACCAGCAUUAGCCCUGCUGCACAGUACUGAUAUAACUUUCUUUAAUCUCAUUUGUUUUACAGAAAAUGUACAUUUGCUCAGUGAUUUUGAUGUUAUGAAGAUAAGCUGACCGUUUUCUAACAAGUCAGCAGUGAGUUUGAAGCCUGAAAUUGCCGGGGAGUUAUUUCAAGAAGUACAUUAAGUCAUUGCUUAACAAGGUUUUUUUGGUCAAAUUAUCCAGCAGAGCAGCUUCACAGUGAGGUUUGUUUCUGGUAGAUGGUGCAGGCUUGCUACAGGUUGUGCAAAGCGGAGAAAUUUGACCAAAAAAGCUCAAGUCCGAUUUGUUUUCAAAGCACUUUGAACAAAGUGCUUUGAAAAGGUGACGUUGAGAGAGAGAGAGAGACAGAGGCUGCUCAUAUUUAUGUUUAUAUUUCAUGAUUGAAUAUGUAAAUAAAACGUGUCUGUCAGACACGGUAAAUGUAGGAUAUUAAAAAUUGGUAAGCUGCAUAGUUUUGUGGUUGGCGUAGCCAGCCUUGAAGGAAGUGGACUUUGUACAGUGUUUUAAGGAAAAAAAACAUAUAUAUGUGACAUUGUAUAGCUUCAUUCCUGCUUUGUAUAAGACUUCUAGAUCUUUUUUCUAUGAAUUAAAGAUGCCUUAGACAGCUGCACCCAGUAUUUAAAGAUGUUUUUUUUUCUUUCUAAUUCCAGGUAACAACAUUUGUAAAAUUUUGUUUUGUGUUUUUAACUUAUGUUACAUGCUAAUGUCAUGUGCACUGAUUAAACUCCCAGGUUCCAAAAUUUGUAAAUUUAAUGUUGAUUGUAAUUAAAUAUAAUGUGUUUUUUCCCCUGAAUUAAGUCAUUUCUGUUGCUUGGUUUCUGUGAAUGAAAUGCUUCUUCUCCAAGCCUAUAUGUCAUAAAGUGUUCUACAAACCUUUUUUUGUGUAUAUCAGGAGAACCAAGAGAACCAGCAAUUAAUUUUCUAAGUUGUAUAAAGGUGCUAAAACAUAGUUUGCUCCUUUUCUACCAUCACCCCCCCCUCAAUAAAGAACUCAUACCUUAUCAACUGCGUCACUCUUUUUAACUUUCAUUUUGGGACUAAUAAUAGAUUAAUUAUAUUCAUACUUAAUGUGAUUAUUGUUUGUCAGGAAUAGAAGGAUAAUCGUGGUCUUUGUGUAAAUAAAUCACAACCAAGCACAUUUUUUUUAUGCCUGGUAGGCUGUAACAGCCUUAUUUGGAUAAUUAAGCCUUAAAGAAGCAUCAUUACUGAUUUUAGUGCCAUAACAAUUUUU